AAGGUGCCACAAGUACUCCUUUUCUUUUUGCAAAUACAGACUAACACGGCUGUUACUCUGAAACUUUUCAUUAGUGUCUCUUUGCUAGAUUUACUGGCCUUGGUUCUUCUUCAAGUGCUUGCUUAUGUCCAUUCCAAAGUAGAUGUGAGCUAGCCCUGAGCACCACUGCCAGAAAGUUUUCCCUCAGUGGUAUCCGUUGGGUUGGCUCUGCCCACUGGAGUUGCACGCUCGUAGCACUGGUAUAAGGGUCAUGCCAAUCUACAGCCCCCCUCAGUUCCUUCUUACCACCUGUUAUGGUCACUGGAACUGUCUCAUCCUUGAGUUCUACAAGUACCCGCUCAGUGGAUUUUUCCAAACUUCAUUGUAUAUAAUUUAUUUCUUGUUCUUAGUAGUUAGUUAGCUUAGCGGAACUCUGAUAGGCAGGGUUAGUCUCUGCCCAAUAGUGGACCAGGCGUUGGCCUCUUAGUUUUAAGCCUCAUGCCAUAAGCCUGUGCCUGUGAGCUACCGCCAUUCCAGCUGCCUUGUGAGCUUCCCCCAAGCACUUGUGCAGGAGUGUUGUAAGAUCUCCAAAGACUUCAGGCCCUGCCAAAAAGGAUAAAACACACUAAACUAAAAUUUAUUCUCUUGGAGCAGUGCUAAGAUCUUCCUCAGAGCUGGGUCACUCAGUCUUGGUAGUGAGCACUUCAACCUCUGUAAGGAGCAACUUGGCUACUCUUUCGGAUCCUUGGCACCGUUCUCCAUCACCGACACUGAAAAGAGAUGCUCCUUCCACUUCUCGAGAGCCUUGGCACUAUCCACCAUCCCUGAUGCCAUAGAAAGGCUCUCCAGCAAGAGAACCUUGGCACUGCUCUCCGUCACAAUGCUGAGGAAAAAACAGAAGACAGACAGAGGUUAAUCCCCAACCCUGAGACUGGAAGGCCAGGGAGACACUAGUAGAGCUGCGCAGCUCCAACACUCAUGUGGUGCCAUUGAGUCCGGCCCCAGAGUGGGUACUGUUGAGUCUGGCACCGAUAGAUUCACUGCCACUGGAGUUCCACUGCCCUGGCGGUACUGUUGACAUCAGAGGCGUUUGCCAUGGCAAGAGACUUACUCUCUGCCCCAUCUGUGGCACCUUUGGGAAGGAUCUGCGUGGCACGGAGGCCCCAAUUGCCUUCAAAGGGGAAACUGGCCGUGAUGGCCCAUCCCCAGUCUCCUCUCUUCUGGCACCGGUUGGCACCACUCCUCCCUGGUCUUCAGGAAGGGAGUCUGAGAUGGACUUAUAGGCAGUCAUAUGGCUCCCACAGGAGCUGGUGCCCUCACUCCAGUUGGCACUAUCCUGCCAUGGACCCCAGCCAAGGCAUCCCACCCAUAACGUGGCCCCCAGGAAACUGGCAGAUGCCUCCUCUUCUUCUCCUGAUGAGGCUGUCACAGGAACAGAUGUAAUGCUCUCUCAGGAUGAUUAUAAAAUGAUCAGGAUCUCCUCAAGAGAAUGGCUCAGAACCUGGGGAUCCAGAUAAAAGAGAUCAGGGAGUGCUCCCAUGCCUUGGUAGACAAUCUGAUGGCAACAGGCCUUUCGAAAGUGUCAUUACCCCCUGAAUGAGGCCAUUACAUAACCCAUCAAGACAUCGUGGCAGACCCCAGCGUCCCUUCAGCUGAUCGCAAAGAAAACUGAAAAGAAGUACUUUGUCCCAGCUAAGGGUUAUGAAUUCUUACGUAUGCAUCCACUACUGGGCUCUUUGGAUUGUGUCAGCAGCCAAUGAGUGGGAACUACAGGGGCCAGCCCCCAAGGUCAAAGAUGCCAAAAUUUAGACCUUUUCAGUAGAAAGGUCGAUUCAACACAUAGCCUCCAGCUCAGGGUUGCAAACCAGCAGGUGGUACGGAGCAGGUAUGAUUUUAAUCCUGGGACUCCAUGUUGAAAUGUAAAGAGUUGUUACCCCAGGAAUCCAGACAAGAAUUUGCAGCUCUUAUGAAUGAAGGAAAAUCAGUGGCAAAGACAUCCCUGAAAAUAGCCUUGGAUGCGGUGGACUUUGCAGCCCGAUCUGUGGCCUCAGCAGUGGCAAUGCAUAGAAGCUUAUGGCUUCAAUCCUUGGUCCUGCUGCAUGAGGUCCAACAGACCUUGCAGGACCUUCCUUCUGAGGGUAUGUCACUCUUUUCUGAGCAGACAGUCUCUAAAUUGCACAACCCGAAGAUUUCGAGAGCCACCCUGAAGUCCUUAGGACUUUAUACACUAGGGCCUGGUAUACACUACGAGUUUGUCGGAUUUAGCAGCAUUAAAUUGAAUUAACCCUGCACCCGUCCACACAAUGAAGCCAUUUUUUCCGACAUAAAGGGCUCUUAAAACCGAUUUCUGUACUCCACCAACGAGGGGAUUAGUGCUGAAAUCGACAUUGCCUUUUCAAAUUAGGGUUAGUGUGGACGCAAUUUGAAGGUAUUGGCCUCCGGGAGCUAUCCCACAGUGCACUGUUGUGACCGCUCUGGACAGUACUCUGAACUCGGAUGCACUGGCCAGGCGUACAGGAAAAGCCCCGGGAACUUUUUGAAUCUCAUUUCCUGAUUGGUCAGGCGAGCUCAUCAGCACAGGUGACCAGGCAGUCCCAGAAUCGAAAAAGAGCUCCAGCAUGGACCGAACGGGAGGUACUGGGUCUGAUCGCUGUAUGGGGAGAGGAAUCCAUGCUAUCAGAACUACGUUCCAAAAGACAAAAUGCCAAAACAUUUCAAAAAAUCUCCGAGGCCAUGAGGGACAGAGGCUACAGCAAGGAUGCAACACAGCGCCGGUGAAACUUAAGGAGCUCAGACAAGCGUACCAGAAAACCAAAGAAUCAAAUGGAUGCUCCGGGACAGAGCCCCAGACAUGCUGCUUCUAUGCUGAGCUGCAUGCAAUUCUAGGGGGGGCUGCCACCACUACCCCACCCCUGUCUGUGGUCUCCGAUGAUGGGGUACUCUUCGCCAUACCUGAGGAUUUUGCGGAUGGGGAAGAUGAGGAGGAGGAUGAGCUUGAGGAGAGCACACAACACACCGGUUCUCCCCGACAUACAGGAUCUUUUUAUCACCCUGACUGAAGUACCCUCCCAACCCAACAAAGCCGGAGAAGGGACCUCUGCAGCUGCAAAUGUUUCAAGCCUCCCUCCUCCGUCCCAAACGCUAUCUCAGAUAAGGUGGCGAAAAAAAUGCACGUGCAAUGAAGUGUUCUCUGAGCUCGUGCAGUUGUCCGGCACUGACAGAGCUCAGCAGAAUGUGUGGAGGGACACAAUAGCAGAGUACAGGAAAGUGGCCUAUGAACGUGAGGAAAGGUGGCAGCAGGAAGAUCAGAGGAGGCAUGAGGCAACACUGGGGCUACUGCGGGAUCAAACGGACAUGCUCCAGCAUCUGGUGGAGGUUCAUGAAUGGCAGCAGGAUCACAAACUGCCGCUGCAGCCCCUGUUAAACCGCCCUCCCUUCUCCCCAAGUUCCAUAACCUCCUCAUCCAGACGCCCAAGAACGCGGGGUGGGGGGAGGCUCCGGGCACCCAACCGCUCCACCCCAGUGGACAGCCCAAGCAACAGAAGGCUGUCAUUCAACGAGUUUUGAAGUGGCCUUUUCCUUCCCUCCUUCCCUCCUCCCACACCCCACCUGGGCUACCUUGUGAGUUAUCUCCCUAUUUGUAUAAUCAAUUAAUAAAGAAUACAUGUUUUUUAAA